UUACACGUGUAGAAUAAAUACUGACACAACAGCAUGUAGGAGCACUUUGCUCCUACAGAAAGAAAUAGAUAUCAUGUAAAUUUUGCACGCAGGCAGAACAAAUAUCUCAAUGGAUCUCAACUCUUCCUUUGUACAAUUCAGUCUCUUUUCCUUUCCCUUCUUCCUUCUGUUCCUGCUGCUCCCACUCUCCAUUCAUCUCCUACUCCGAAUUAAAUCAUCUCCCUCACAAGUCAAAGCCCGAAACCUCCCACCAGGCCCGCGGCGAUGGCCCGUCAUCGGUAACAUACCCCUUUUCAUCUGGAAGAACCCUCAUGUCAUAGUUUCGAACUUAGCCAGGAUUCAUGGCCCUUUGAUGUCAUUAAGGUUGGGAACUCAAGUGAUAAUCCUGGGCUCCUCCCCUGAUGCAGCAAAGGAAAUUCUCAAAACCCACGAUCGCGACCUGUCGGGCCGGUGCGCUCCGAAAGCAACUCCGAUCAAAGAGUCUGAUCUCAAGAAAUUUUCCCUUCUCUGGGCAACUGACUGUAGCCCCAAGUGGAAAUCCAUAAGGGUUUUGUGGAAGGGUGAGCUGUUCUCGAACAAGGCUCUGGAGGCUCAGGCCUGUCUGAGGGAGAAAAAGGUUGCGGAAAUGGUGGAAUAUUUGGGGAGGAAGGAAGGAGAAGUUGUGAAAAUUGGCGAAGUUGUGUUUGCUGCAGUUUACAACACUUUGGGCAACCUUUGUUUCUCUAGGGAUCUGAUUGGAUUGGGGGACGAGAAGAUGGCGAGGGAUUGGAAAGAAGUUUUUUGGAGAUUCAUGGAGUGUGCUACUACUCCGCUGAUUGCUGAUUUCUUUCCUGUUCUUGACGGGCUCGGGCUCGAUUUCCAGGGAAAGAAAAAACAGGCUGCAAAAUGUAUGAAGAAAAUGUUUGGUGUGUGGCAAGAGUUGAUCAGGCAGAGAAGGGAAUCUGCAGAUGACAGCAAGAAACACGGGGAUUUCCUGGAUUUUAUGCUGGAAAAUGGGUUUUUGGAUAUCCAAAUACUCUUCAUGCUUCUGGAAAUACUUCCAGCCGGGGCAGGAACCUUAGUUGCAACAAUCGAGUGGGCCAUGGCUGAGCUGAUCAAGAAUAAAGAAGCCAUGAUCAAACUUGAGGAAGAGCUUCAAACUCACAAAAUCGUUGACUCUAAUUCUAUCAGAGAAUCCCAUAUUUCUCAACUCCCAUACCUAAACGCCUGCGUCAAAGAAACUCUAAGACUGCACCCUCCUAUAGCAUUCUUGCCUCAUUCUGCCCAAUCCACAUGUGAAGUCAUGAGUUACACGGUCCCCGAAAACUCCCUGGUGUUUGUGAAUCUUUGGGCUAUAGGGCACGACCCGACGGUUUGGGAAGAUCCGUUUUCCUUCAGACCCGAAAGAUUCUUGAACUCGAAUUUAGAUUACAAAGGGCAGGAUUUCGAGUUGUUGCCGUUUGGUGCUGGAAGGAGAAUGUGCCCUGGUUUGCCCUUCGCUAACAAGAAAGUUCACUUGAUUUUGGCUGUUUUGGUUGGUUGCUUUGAUUGGUCGCUUCCAGACAAUCGCGAUCCGUCAGAUUUGGACAUGAAUGAGAAAUAUGCAGUCCCGUUGCAGAAGGAAAAGUCGUUGCUGCUGAUUCCCCAUCGGAAGUCCUGAACUUCUCCACCUCCUCGUACCAACAUUGAAGAACACAGUACAUCAAUGUCAGCGUGCAUUUGUGUACGAUGGUUCCGUAUCUCCAGCUGUUGGAGGCUUUGUUUUAUUUCAGACUGUAUUUGGGUUAAUGGAUUAAAGUCGGGCAUUUUAAUUAAAUUCAUAAUAAUAAAUUAUUUAGAGUACUUUAAAUAAAAAUAA